AUGGUCGUCAUUGUCGUGGAGAAGAACCGGCGCCUCGUGCUCUGGUUCGAACGGCUUCGGAUGGCGUCAUGCCCUAGUGCGCUUCACAACUCUGGCGAGCGGUUUGAUCCCCCUCGGUGCCACGAGAAGACACGAAAGGCGAUCUUGGAUCUCUUCAUCGACUGGGCAUCUCGAAAGACCAAGACAGGAACCUUUGUUAUAUGGCUUCACGGUCCCGCGGGCGCUGGGAAGUCCGCCAUCGCACAAACUCUCGCUGAGUUAUGCUUCGCAAGAAAGCUCUUGCUCGCGAGUUUCGCCUUCUCACGCACGGAUUCGAGGAGGAAUAACCACAUAGCUCUCAUCGCUACUCUCGUUUACCAGGCUGUUCUAGCGAUUCCAGAUAUUCUCGUUCUCGUCGAGAAGGCGAUAGAGCAAAAUCCAAUGAUUUUUGAGCAGAACAUGGAAACCCAAAUAUCCGUUCUCCUGGCACAGCCGCUCCUUCAAUUUCUCUCGUCUCCAGACUGCCAGAAUCGUAUUCCUCCUCUUGUUAUCAUCGACGGCAUCGACGAAUGUGAGGGUGAGGGUGCCCAAACCGCGAUACUAGACGUCAUUUUCAAACUCUUUCGUCGUUAUCCCGACAUCCCCGUCAUCUUCCUGAUCUGCAGUAGACCCGAGCAAGCAAUCACCCAGGUUUUCGAGAGCCGAGACGAUCCUCCAUGGCCGAAGAUGGAACGUUUCGAUCUCCAUGAGAACUUCGAGUCAGACAAAGAUAUUCGCCAAUUCCUCGACAGCACCUUCACCGACAUCAAGACGCGCCACAAGUUGAGGAAUAUGAUACCUGACAACUGGCCUGGAAGCAACGUCGUGGAUGUCCUUGUCAAUAAAUCGUCAAGACAGUUCAUCUACGCAUCGAUCGUCGCAAACUAUGUUUCGUCCAUGCGCCACAAGCCAACGGAACGCCUGAAGGUUAUCCUCGGCAUCAUCCCAGCUCCAAAUGACAAGGAUAUGCCAUUCGCAGACCUCGACGCCUUAUACUCCCACCUUCUUUCCUGCGUCGAGGAGGGCGACGUGAAGACAGUCCUGAAUAUUCUCGGCAUCCUCGUUUUGGCCAAAGCAGGAAAAGGUUCCAAGACAGUAGAAGGCAUUCGAGCGCACGACUCCGAAUUUCAAUUUGCGAAGAAUACGCGAGGAAUCGAAAUCCUUCUCGAACUUGAGGAAGGAGAGGUUACGUUACGACUCUUGGAUCUAGCUUCCAUUAUUCAUUGCUCGGAAGAUGGCAAAAUCGGCGUCCUGCACGCCUCGUUGGCAGACUAUCUACUUGACGAGCGACGUUCGAAGGUCUAUCACAUCAAUAAGGAGCUCUUCUAUGAGCGAUUAAGCAGGAAAUUGCUGAUUCAACUCGAUAGAAGAACGCAUGAUGAGGCAACCCGUUUCGCCUAUACAUUCCUCACCACACAUUUAGCUGACGCGAAACUUACACCUCGACUCAAGGAAGCUAUCUUGCACCUAUCGCUACUCGACAUAUACACAUGGAGCCUUCGCAAGUCCCGAGGCUUUCUCUCUAAAAUGCCAUUUCGCGUUAUGCUGAUUAAAUUCAUGACUCUGCUGCACGAAAUGGGAGAGAAGAAAGCUGCGCCGGAGCUUUUCCAGCACCACAAGAGUGCCGUGGAUGCAUCUCCUGAGAUUUCAGCCCUAAAACGGCGCAAUCCCAUCUGCGAGCUGUAUCUCCUCGAGACGAUUUAUCACCUCAUCGUCUGCGAGUAUCUCUUUGGGCCGCACUACGAAUGGGAAAGACGCCGUACACCGAUAAAUAAGAUCACGAAGAGAAUAUCCAAGGAAGGACGUAUUGGAUUCUGGAAUAUUGUCUGGGAGCCUGAUAGCAUCGAUGCAUACAUCAAGCUUCGAGAACACCUCGCUGACAGGGCCACAUUCGGCGAUACGUAUCCUACGGAGGCGCGGUACGCACAUGCAGCCAAGCUGUGUCUGAAGUAUCUUUGCGAGGAUGGCUACCAACACAUUACGGACCCGCCGAAGAAAGGAAACGAUGCCCCUUUCAAGGAAAUGCGAGAAAUCGCCUCGGAAAAUCUUACCUUCUUCCUCGAUGACGCCUGCAAAUCAGAUGAACUUAUUUCGUACGUCCAUCAAGCUGAAUUCCACCUCAAGUAUUCAACCCUAUUGAACCGUGGAGUGGAAUGGGUUCUAGACGUUGCGGAGGCGAUCCAAAGGUAUAUUGCUGUGAGUACCAAGUUUUGA